AUGAGUCAAACCAAGAGUGCCUCCUUGGGCGACCUGCGAGCCAUCGCGCAUGCUCUCUGCGAGGACGACAACAUCAAGAAGCAAUUGAUCGAUGAUCUGCAACUCCUCCGAAAUCCCAGGGCCCGCAAAGACUAUGGCGAGGUAACCGAUCACGUUGCCCUCAUUGAGCAGACUCCUGCUUGGAAGCUGUCAAUUAUCCCGCUGAUCUACAUCAAUAACGAGGACACCAAGACUCGAGUCGAAAACUACCUUCAGGUCCUGCGCUACACCAAGCCCGCUGAGGCGACCCCCGCGGCAGCCGACUCCCCUGACCCCAUCAAGACCGCGACCCCGAAGGAACUGCGCAACGUCAUGCUUGCUCUCUGCGAGGACGAUGACGCCAAGAAGCGUGCCACAAACCACCUGCUAGUCUUGCGCCGGUCCAAGACUGGCGGGGCUUCCACCGCGGGAGCCGAUCCGGAUGCGCCCAUCAACUCGGCGACCGAGAUGGAGUUACGCGCCAUUGGCAUCGCCAUGAGCGACGCAGACGAGAAUAUCAAGAAGCGUCUCUUGGAGUCCUUGCACGUCCUCUCCAUCUUCCUCGAGCUCCAAGGCACUGAGGCGAAGUACACAACCUUCAAGUGCCUGAGGUGCAGGGAGUAUUUCCACGAGAAAGACAACAAGGCCCAGUCCUGCACUUACCACCCUGGUUAG